AUGGCGGCAAGCCGCGACAUGGGCCGCACUGCCUCCACAUGGGUCUUCAACGCCACGCGAUUGCUUUUCCGGCAGGCCAAAGAGGCCUGCGACUCUUACUGGAUGCGGUGCCUCGACCGCUCGAAGAUUCAGCAGCGCCUGGAGAUGGGCGCCCACGUAGUCAUCAAGACGCACGAGUGGACUGGCGAGAUGUCACAAACAUCCUUUGACGAGGCGCUCCUCGUCAAGUCUUGA